AUGGCACCCGAGGAUGGCAACGCGUGGGCAAUCCGAAAAGCCAAAGAAGCUCAGGCCCAGGCUCGUGCAAGAGAGCUGCACCAGCAGCAGAGGAAUGAAGACCAUUCACAGGGACCCCAUGACAAUUUUAAACAUUGUGAACCUGCUGCUAUUGAUCUUAACACAGAACUUGCCAGGAACACCACUUCGACAAUCUCAUCCUCCUCCACGGCGGUAACCUCAUCGUACUCUUCCGAAAAGCCGCACAUCCAAUGCGGCAGCAGAAACUUCAAUGGCGAAGUCACCAUCUCCAUGCCCAAGCAAAAAUCCGCACGAAGCUCGGAGGAGACAAUAACGCCUACAUCAUAUUCAUCCACCUUCGAGAAAAAGACGCAGUCCGAGACGUCCAAGCCCGUCAAGCGGGUUCGCAUCUCAGACGAAACUAUCACAACAACCUACUCGCCGUAUUCCUGGCCGAGUCUGGAAGAAAAGAAGUCCGGCGACGACAGACCCACCGCGAAACGCUCGCUCACCGAUGGCUCGGUAGCCACCACUACCAAGCCCCACGGGAUCCUCAAGCCGGCCAAGCGCUCGUUCACCGACCCGUUCAAUCGCCGGGCUCGCAAGUCCGAGAAGGCCAAGGCAGCAGGAGGAGACCCGGGACCGGAGCACAGCUACUGGGAACCGGAUGAGAAGCCAGGGUUCUUCCAGGCGCUGCGCUCGAAGCUCUCGCUGAAGGAGUUGGCGCGGCUGGGGCAUAAGUCGGCCGAAGAUGAAAAUAUUGGGCCCUGGAUGAAAGUGGCGGAUUAUUUGGAUAUCGUUGAUCCGGGAUGGCGUAAGGAUAUCGAGGUCGGCAUUGCGAUCAAGAAGGGCAUUUGGCGGCUCGAGCCCGAGAAGAAGAAGCCCGACCCCAACCCCAAGUAUCCGAAUUGUGGCAUCUGGCGCGCCCAGUACCCUAAAAACCAUAAGCCUUGCACCUGGACUGGGCCGCCGUCAGAUGAUGGGGAUUCUGAUGAAUCUGGGGAGGAGGCCUUGUUGCCGGCGACGCCUUAUAUCGAAGAUAAGGUUAAUGCGGGUCAUUACAUCGCGAAUCCUAAUCACGGUAGGACUGGCAAUGAGAGCAAGGAGAACGCGGUGCCCUCGAUCAGCGACAGGUUGACAGCGGCUUCCACUGUGCAACACAUGGCUGGCAAUCCUGUUGCUCAGCACAAGCCUGUUGUGGCCAACGCAUCGGCGAGCGUGCCUGCUCGUCAGUCUGGCCUGCUAGGCACCUUUGAGCACAAACCCAGCAAGGCCGCUGAGAAUAAACCACUCGUCGAGGGAUCCAGAAGCAUGUCCACUCAAUCUCAGCAGAUGCAGAAGCACGACCCCCACACAUCGACUGAGUACAAUUCACUGGCCACGGACGGACCCAAGAGAGUAGUAUCCUUCCCCAAACCCAGUAACACCGCCGAAGCAAAGCAAUUCCAGUUCCCAGCCAACAAGCACGAGCAGGAACCAAUCAAGACAACUGAGAACAAAACACUCGUCACCGAGAAUUCUAAGAACGUGUUCAUCCUACCACAGAACACGCAGCAGCACGGACCUCACAAACCGACAGUAUCCUUUAAGUCCGGUCACACUGUCGAAGCAAAGCAUUCGCGGUCCCAGUCCCACGAGCCCGAGCAGCACAAAUCGCCUGUCGCCAAUCUAUCAAACGAAGUGCCCGGCCGCCGACGUGACAGACCGGUCGAAAUGGAGGAUGAGGAUCAUCUUCCCGCAAAGGACGACUUCCGUAACCACCAGUUGUGCAUAUUUGACGGAGAAUUGCUGUGUCCGAUCUGUCCCACAGUCCUGAACCCUGGACAGAUCUACUCGCCGUCAGUAUAUGGAGUCUCGGGAGAUUCCUCCUCGAUACGUACCUUGGAUCUUCAAGAGUCUCUCACACAACCACUGAGCCUGGCCGAACAGGAGGGAUGUCGUCAGAUGGAGAUGCGAUACGAUCUAGUGAGCCCCUUUGUCGCACUCGCCGACCACCCUCCCAGGCCUGCUCCCAGUGUCCCCGCGCACCCUACCAGACCGGCUCCCAGCAUUCCAGCGCCUACCAGACCGGCUCCCAGUGUCCCCGCGCUCCCAGAUGGAGGCCAACCGCCGACAGCAUCCAACGGCGCAGCGUACUCGGACGGAGUCUCAUACCAUAAUGCUCGGCGAUCCAGUCGCGGUGGUCAUGCUCCGACUCCACCAGCUCCUCCCUACAGCAACAUGGCAACUCUGGAGGACCAGCUCGCCUCACACAUGGCAGAACUGCAUUCGCAUGUGGAAAAGACCACCAGUCGACUGAGCAAGUCGUUCGAGGACAAUAAGACCUGGCACAUGGACCGAAUCAGGCAGCAAGUCGAUGAGAUGUCGGACAUUGCCCGGUUGAUCAACGCGAAGACAAUCGCCCAGGAGGAGACGCUGAACCAGACCCAACGUAUGAUGAAGGAGAUCCGCACGGAAAUGGCUGCUGUUCGACAGGACGUGCAGAAUAUGGAAAGCAGAGUGACUUCCCUCGUCCGGGAAGAAGUCGCCAAACUCUGCGAGGGCAUCCAAAGCCUCAAGACCGGCGGUGGUCCCCGCAGCCCAGCACAGGAAGAACGACCCUGGACUGGGCUGCAGGGCCCUUAUGAGAGUAUCACUGGUGAUAGUACAACUGGUGUCAGAUAUGAACAGAGACCAAGCUCGAUAAGACAGCGAUCUCGCCUGAGUGGCAGAAGUAUGCUGAAGUUGGAGUUGUCCAGCGUGUUGAACAAUCGGGAGGAGAAGGAGAGGGAGAACAACACGGAGGAGGCUCCAGUGAAUCGCAUCCAGAAUGAAAGCACCCCAGUCACACCAGCCAGCUUCCAGAGUGAAAUUCCGUCAGUUUCCGCCGAGGAUCCGCUUGCGCUGCCGCACUCGGCGACAGAGAGUGAAUGCGUGUCUGAACUGCGUGUUGCUGCGGAGCCUGCGCUGGCGGUCCCAAACAGAGAUCUCUCUGAUGAUAUUCUCUCACUUGCACGGCCCUCCACUUCAACUUCACGUACCAACAUCACCGAGUCUUCCAUUACUAUUGCUUGUGGUAACUCCAUUACUUCUUCCAACUCCGGGGCUGGUGCCAGUACAACUGACUCCGGGUCUCUCAAUUCCACUGAUCGUGUCAAAAGAACCAAGCUUUCCAAGCCCUCUGCUUUCGCUGAGGGUGAGGUCAAUCCGGCUGACUAUCCCGACUUGGACCCAGCCAUCGCUGCAACGAUGAAGUGUCCUAGCCAGAUGGCGCUCUUUGGACACCGCGGCAAACGCAAGAAGACCAAGAACCCCACCGCCACCCCGACUGGGGCAGAGCUCCCUGAGCUGCCACCGGAUCCGCUCAGGGCCAAAGCCCAGCGCCAGCCCAGAGACGAGCCGAAACCGAAAACUCAUGGUCAGCUUCGUCGUGGCCUGAACACUCAGCGCCUACUGCACCGGCAGGAUGAGCCCAACAAGGAGCACGAAGGACAGAGCAAGGACAAGGACAAGUCCAAGUCCAAGCCUGUCAAGGAUCCAAGAACCAUCGACCCGGACUUGCGUACGCCCCUCGAGCAGCACCUCGUCCGCGCCAUUAUCGAGGCUGAUCCGAUGAUCCCCUGGGAAGUUACCGUGCGGAAUGAAAUGCAGAAGCAUGCCGAGUCUACGCUGACCGGCUCAGCUGAAACAAGCCUCAAGUCCCGGGAGAGUAAGAAGACCCUCCGGUCAGUCGACAGUGAGGCCACCCUGAGACCAGAUCCAUUCUUUGACACUCGUUCGGAGUUCGAGGCUCGCGCCGCUCGCCACUACGAUCAGAAGUGGGUGGCCAAAAAAUACCACAAUUGUCUCACCAAACCGGUGGACCCGGAGAAAGAGCUGAAGCCCAAGAAAUCCGGCACCAAGCUCAGUAGGACCCUGGGACUCGGCGAUAACGAUGAACCGACGCGCAGAACGUCCAAGGAUUCGAGCAUAAAGUCUGUCACGGGCUUGAGUAUCCGCACGAAGAUGUCCAAGUCUGAUAAGUCGGGCGGUUCAAGUGUCAAGUCGCACGGAUCGUCGCAUGGGGACAAGGCGAGUAUCGGGCAGGGUGUCUCGACGCCGCCUGUGCCCUCCAUGCCCACCACCCCUACCGUCCCCAGCAUGCAGGAAUUGGGAUCGGAGAUGAGCAGCAUGACCACCGCGCAAGCAAUGGGGUCGGAUGCGAGCACCAACAUGGUCGAAGUGCAGGAGGCAUCGGGAUCAAACAUCGAACCCCCGAUGACGGCUGAAGCAACAGUCUCAACCUUCACAUCCCCCACGGUCCCAGUCACAAGAUCCCCAGCAUACCCCGUCCGCACGAGCAGUCUUCGCACCUCCACCAACAUGCCCUCCCUGACCACCAGUAUUCCAACCACUCCUACCACCCCCCGCACCCCACGCACCCCCCGCACCCUGGGCCAAGUCACCCACAACGCCGACUGGGGGAUCGACGAAUCCCAGGGAGACGGCACCUGGCGCGAUUUCUGGGAUCCUGAUAGCAAUGACUUUCCGGCUUACCGCCCGGGCAUGUUCGACCAUGAUCCGAUGGCCGGCAGCCUCGUGCCUCGUCCGCCGCCGAGAACCUGCGUGACGCCCGUGCCGGAUGACUUGCCGGAGUAUCUCAGGGCGUACCAUGAGCGUCGUGCGUCCCUUGAGGAGCCGCCGAUUGUGGAUUACGCGAGGGGGAAUCGGCACCGCGAUGCGAGCAUUUAUACUGCUGAGGCGGAUGAUGUGAUUUGAC